UGUCAAUACUCCAGGUCGCACCGCUUCCAAGAGGCUCUUCACUUUACAGGUCGAUUGCAAUAUGACCGAACAGGAACAAAACAAGACAGAUGAUUCCACAAAGUCCGGAAGCGCAUCCACUGCUCCGACGCCCCCCAUUACUAACAGUACGCUGAAAACGACCAACGCCGAUGUGGGAGUGGUAGUUCGGCGCCGACGUCGUCGGGUUGUGGCAGAGGAAGAAGGACCGGCGGUCGAUCCAAUUUUGUUGCAAAAAGUGCUCACCGAGUCAAGCUUACCGUCGGCCUACACGUUUGAAGUUACGAAGAGCGUGAAAAGGAUCCUGAAACUCCAAGCAACACAUGUGGCUUUGCAAAUGCCCGAAGGUCUCUUGUUGUACGCGACUGUGCUCGCGGAUGUUUUCCAACGGCUGGCAUCUUGUCUUCAGCAAGUAUCGAUCUUGGGUGAUGUCACCUACGGGGCCUGUUGCGUUGACGAUCUUGGUGCACAAGCCCUGGGUGCCGAACUCUUGAUUCACUACGGACACUCCUGUCUGGUUCCGCUUCAACAUACCGUUGUGCCGUGCCUGUACGUCUUUGUGGAAAUUCACGUGGACGUGCCGCAUUUGGUGGACUGUCUAGAUAUUACUUUGAGACCGCAAAGUCCGAAACCGCGUGUGUAUUUGCUGGGGACGGUGCAGUUUCGCCACGCUUUUGUACAAGCAACGCAGCUUUUGAAGGAAAAGGGAUACGAGGAAGUUUCUAUCCCCCAGGCCAAGCCUCUUUCGCCGGGCGAAGUUUUGGGCUGCACCAGUCCAGAAUUGGUAAACGAUGGAGUGCGAUCGAUUGUUUGUUUUGUCGCCGAUGGUCGCUUUCAUUUGGAAGCGACCUUGAUUUCGAAUCCACACGUCGAUCUAUUCUAUCGCUAUGACCCCUAUUCGAAAACGCUUACGGAAGAAGCCUACGAUCACGACCAAAUGAAGUCCAUCCGCUCAUCCGCAAUUGCCACGUCGCGAGGAGCUCAAGUCUAUGGCAUCGUACUGGGCACUCUGGGUCGUCAGGGUAAUCCAGCUAUUGUUCACCGCAUUCGGGAGUCACUCCGGGCACAUGGUAAACGACAUUUUCUCAUGCUGUUGUCAGAAAUCACACCAGCCAAGCUGCAGCUGUUCGACGGCAAGAUCGACGCGUGGGUACAAGUGGCAUGCCCUAGACUUUCCGUUGACUGGGGACAUUUCUUGUCGAAAAAGCCUGUUCUAAGUCCUUACGAACUUUUUGUUAGCUUGGAGGAAACUGACUGGCGAGACAAUUAUCCGAUGGACUACUACGCACACGCCGGAGGCCCGUGGACGAACUACUUUGAAGAAAACAAGCAACGCCAGUUACCGUGA